AUGGUUGAUGUUGUUAGUGAAGGAAUUCCUGUUCAAGAUGUUGAAGAAUUCACUGAAAAAUACAAGAACAGACGGAAACAACAGAUGAUGAGGUUUAUUGGAUCAACUGCAGUAACGUUGAUCUCAUGUAGAUUGGCUAUCACUAGGGCUAAGGCUCGUCAUUAUGUUCCUAAUAUGUUUCAAUUGAAUUAUAAACCACCAGUGGUUACAUAUAAAGGUGAAACAGGGCCUGCCCUUGUGCUUGCUACUGGGAUCACCGUUGGUACGUUAUCCAUGUUAGUGAGUGGUUCUUGCUGGAUAUGGGAUAUUUCCACGAUGAAAGAGUUUCGGGAGAUUAAGGGUUUUAGUUCAGAGAAGGUAGAACACCCUAGGUUGGCUAACAUGCCUUUGGAAUCAGAUUCCAUGAGAAAUGUGUACGAGAGACUAGAACUGCUGAAUGGCAAAAAAUGA